AUGAGACCAGCUGUAGCUGCUCAACACGGACUACCUACGGCAGAGAGCACUGUUCGCCCUGAAGCUGUAGCUGCUCAACACGGACUACCUACGGCAGAGAGCACUGUUCGCCCUGAAGCUGUAGCUGCUCAACACGGACUACCUACGGCAGAGAGCACUGUUCGCCCUGAAGCUGUAGCUGCUCAACACGGACUACCUACGGCAGAGAGCACUGUUCGCCCUGAAGCUGUAGCUGCUCAACACGGACUACCUACGGCAGAGAGCACUGUUCGCCCUGAAGCUGUAGCUGCUCAACACGGACUACCUACGGCAGAGAGCACUGUUCGCCCUGAAGCUGUAGCUGCUCAACACGGACUACCUACGGCAGAGAGCACUGUUCGCCCUGAAGCUGUAGCUGCUCAACACGGACUACCUACGGCAGAGAGCACUGUUCGCCCUGAAGCUGUAGCUGCUCAACACGGACUACCUACGGCAGAGAGCACUGUUCGCCCUGAAGCUGUAGCUGCUCAACACGGACUACCUACGGCAGAGAGCACUGUUCGCCCUGAAGCUGUAGCUGCUCAACACGGACUACCUACGGCAGAGAGCACUGUUCGCCCUGAAGCUGUAGCUGCUCAACACGGACUACCUACGGCAGAGAGCACUGUUCGCCCUGAAGCUGUAGCUGCUCAACACGGACUACCUACGGCAGAGAGCACUGUUCGCCCUGAAGCUGUAGCUGCUCAACACGGACUACCUACGGCAGAGAGCACUGUUCACCCUGAAGCUGUAGCUGCUCAACACGGACUACCUACGGCAGAGAGCACUGUUCGCCCUGAAGCUGUAGCUGCUCAACACGGACUACCUACGGCAGAGAGCACUGUUCGCCCUGAAGGACAUAGUGGCUCGGCAUCUUUCUGAGAGAGAUGUGUCUGAAGACCAGCCUAUGCCUCCCAGCCCUGUUCUCCAGGCUUCCGCCACCACAGAACUGACAUCCAGAAAGAUCAUGUUCUCAACGUAUGCUGUAUGUUUUUCUCUGACCUGCAA